AUGGAGAACACGUGGGCUAUAUGUGUCAGUGCAGGCGAUUCAUUGCUAGAGCUCAAAGCCAACGAAGUCGUACCGCCAUACUGCAACGCUGUCUUCAACACCGAGGCCGUCUUGGACAGCCCCCUCGUCCCACUGUAUGUCGAAUGGGAGGCAGAGUACCCAGAGCUGACACAGUCCUUGACUACAACCAAGGAUGUCUCCAGCAACAAGUCUCAAUACCCGCGUCGUGCGAUGGGCGGGAGAGCUCCAUUGCAUCCGAGCCAGGGCGGAUCAGUAGCAAACAUAUUGCGAGAUUCGGUUGGGAGAUUGCCAGAGAGCAUGUUGGAGAGCGUUCUUGCGGUUGACAAAAGAGAUCAAUCGUAUGCUAGCAUGGAGGCCAUCCCCUCCCUAGCCUGUCGUCUCGAUGGGUUUCAAGGCCAGCUUGUAACUCUGAUUAGCGGGACAGCUCAUGUCCGCCCAACGCUUCCAGACGGGACUACGAUGCCUGAAGCGGUGACUGCGGGCGAGGCUGCGGGAUUCACUGCUGACACUCUGGGAAUGGUUCGCAAUCACUGCGAUCCACUGCCGUACGGAGAUGGCGUUGAUCCACAGGCAGUAUUCAUCCCCGUAACUCAUGGGCAAGUGAAGUUCAACAAGUUCAAUGUGAUCGACAAAUUCGGCAGAGGAGUGGAAAUUUUUGGUGGACACGGCCUCAUGCCAUCUAUCUCAUCAGUGUACCAGCCGUCAUCUCAUAUGGUCAACGGCAAAGAGAGGCCAAAUGUCGUGGUUUCCACCGGAGACAGUUGUGAAUACUUUCAGAUCCCGCCAUCCAUCAAUCAGCCGGCUAGACUGUUCAACGCGUAUCUGAAGCCAGGGGAAAUUGGCCAAAGCACCUGGAGGCCUUGCGGCGAGUGGGAAGAUCCGGUCUGUGAGUACAUCAUGUACAACAGCGCCGAUCUUUCGUUGCAGGUGUUCACAUCUGCUGGGGACUUGCGUGUAGAGAUCCUGACUUCCGAGAGCAACACCGCCGCAAGAGUCGCCCAGCUGAAUCAACCUCCCAUGAGCCAGGGCUCUUUCGCGCCUCCUCUGACAGAUACUGCCGAUCAGUGGAAGAUGAACAUCUUGGAUGACUUCAUCCAAAAUUUGAAGACCAAAUACUAUGCUCUGCGAAUGAUUUAG